UUCUGGCGAGCGGGCGGUGUUGCAUCGUUCGACUGUUGACGUGGUGUUCGAGAAGGAGCCUUCGGCGAAGUAGUGGUUCGAAUGUCUCAAUGAUACGGUUCGCUCAGCAACAAGCAUCGAGCGGCAAGUGACCUCGAUCCUCAAGUGUCUUGUGUCAUCGUUAUCUCUUCAAGCCCCCGUCUCCCGAUGGCCAGCCUCAGCAAACUGCUCGCCGCUACCUCGGCGAAGACCGGUAUCCGAUCUGAGACCCUAUCCAGAGGCGUGUGUGUUGCUUUGGUGGCUCUCUACGGAGCUCGAGUCGUGUACCCGCUGACAGUGAAGCUAGCUAAGUCAGCCUCGACACAGAAGCCUCGCAACGCCGAACCGAGAUCCGAUUCGCGAGUGGUGGCCAAGAAACGCACAGAUGAUCACCAUGACAGCUCGAAAACCGCUCCGCAAGACUGGCUAUCACAGGCCCUUCAGAGCCUGCUCCUACGACUGGACAAGAAAUUCUUCACCCGGCUCCUGUCUCUGCUCAAGAUAAUGAUACCGUCCGUUCAGAGCAAGGAGGCCGGUCUCCUCUUCCUUCACACAAUGUCUUUAGUUUCUCGGACUUUCCUCUCGAUUUACGUGGCGCGUCUCGAGGGUCAGGUGGUGAAAUUCAUCGUUCGUCGAGAUGUGGCGCAAUUCGGAGUACAGCUAUCGAAAUGGCUGCUGGUCGCUAUACCGGCAACUUUCAUCAACUCCCUGAUAAGGUUCCUGGAGGGACGCCUGGCCCUGGCGUUCCGGACUCGACUGGUCGAUCAUGCACACUCUCUGUACUUCAAAAAUCAGACGUACUAUAGGGUUUCGAAUCUUGACUCGCGCUUGGAGAACGCGGAUCAUUGUCUAACUGAAGACAUUACGACAUUCGCUACUUCGGUAGCUCAUUUGUACUCAUCGAUCACGAAGCCUCUGUUGGAUAUUUCCCUCAUUUCGCUCACGCUGUUCAAAAUGGCUAACGAGAUGGGAGCAUACGGACUGCCUGGUCCGGCCGUGGCAACAGCUUCGGUAAUUCUAACUGCAGCCAUUCUUCGUCAAGUAACUCCUAAAUUCGGAAAGAUGGUUGCCGAAGAAGCUCGCCGUAAGGGCUAUCUCCGUUUUGUGCACUCGAGGGUGAUCGCGAACGCCGAGGAAAUCGCUUUCUACGGAGGACACGAGGUGGAGUUGUCGCUGCUACAACAUAGCUACGAGCAAUUGGCGAAGCAAAUGUCAUACAUCAUGAACCAACGCCUGUGGUACAUCAUGCUGGAACAAUUCCUCAUGAAAUAUUUGUGGUCGGCCACCGGCAUGGUAAUGGUGGCCUUGCCAAUCAUGACUGGAAUCACGCCUAUCGAAAAGGGCUCGAGCAAUGUAAGCGAUGCCGACGGAAUUUCAACCAGGACACAAUUCAUAACCACCACGAAGAAUAUGUUAAUCGCCGGCGGGGAUGCGACAGAGCGGCUGAUGUCAUCUUAUAAAGAGAUCACUGAACUCGCGGGAUAUACCGCGCGAGUUGCGAAGAUGUUUGAAGUCUUCGAGGAAGUCUCUGAGAACAAAUACAAGCGACCUGCCGUACAGAACAGCAUGAAGAGCGACGAUUGUCGCAAGGAAAGAGCCGGCAUAACGGUAGGCGAGGAAGGUGUUCCCAUAAUCCGAGGGACAGUCAAAGAGAUCCACGACGGAGUCUGUUUAGAGAAUGUUCCUGUUGUUACCCCGAACGGAGACGUCGUCGUCCCCUCGCUGAGUUUCAAUAUGACGCGUAAUAUGCACCUGCUCAUCACCGGGCCCAAUGGAUGCGGAAAGAGCUCACUCUUCCGAAUUCUCAGUGGCCUCUGGCCGCUGUACGGCGGGAGUCUGCAGAGACCCCCAGUCAAAGACAUGUUCUACAUUCCGCAGAGGCCCUACAUGCCUCUCGGAACCCUCCGAGAUCAGGUUACUUAUCCGGAUCGCAUCGGAGACAUGAGAGCAAAAGGCAUCAAAGAUUCCGAUCUUGAAAAACUCCUGGAUAUCGUGAACCUCGGUCAUAUCGUCACCAGGGAAGGAAGCUGGGAUGCUGUCGGGGAUUGGAAGGACAUCCUCUCCGGAGGAGAGAAGCAGAGGAUGGCCAUGGCUCGCCUCUUCUACCACAAACCCUCGUUCGCUCUGCUGGAUGAGUGCACCUCGGCUGUUUCGAUCGACGUGGAGGGACAGAUGUACCAGGCAGCCAAGGAUCACGGCAUCGCCCUGCUCACGAUAACGCACCGGCCGUCGUUGUGGAAAUUCCACACUCAUCUGCUGCAAUUCGAUGGGGAAGGAGGUUGGCGCUUGGAACCGCUUGACACGACGAAGCGACUGACGCUGCAUGAAGAGAAACAGCAGAUCGAAGGGCAACUGCAAGGAGUACCCCAGAUGGAAAAGCGACUCAAGGAGCUCUGCACGGCUCUCGGAGAAGAGUCCAUCGUUCUCCAACAGGUCGAGAAUCCUCAAAUCCUCGGAAAUGUACUUCCGUAGUGUUUAAAGUGUACGGUACGGAAUUCAUACUGAAAAUAUCAGUAUGGUCCGAGGGAUAUAUGUGAUCUAGCGAAGAGAGAACAGAAGAAAACCAGACGCAUUGAAAAAAGGCUCAAUUUUAGAUACGUUCUGAAUAGUAUAUUUUCUUCCCCAAAAUAAGAUAAACAUAGAACCUAGAAAUAAAUUAUCGGUGGAAUCCCCCAGCUUGAUCUGCUGGACGAUCCGCGGAGCCUGGCUCGAUCCUGGACCCGGGGGUCAUUCUGUUCAAGAUCCGAGAGUAUUUGAUGCAUUGAGCUCAACGACGGGCGACGACAGUGCUACUUUAAGGAAGUUCGCAGGAGAGCUCGCCUCAAAACUCGCUCAGACCUACGUCCGAAAACCGCAGAUGCGAGCUUGAGAUGAAUAAAAACGAUCGUAUCAAAA